AUGAGGUUAGCACUAGUUCUUGCGUUGUCAGCAGCCACAUCAGCGCUCUCAGUUGGCUUCGGCGUUGCCGAAGCCGACAGGUUGCAUCAGCUGGUCAAGAAGAGAGGCGACACCGGCCAUCAUGUCGUCAAUCUCGUGACUAGAGAAACCGACGCUGCAGCUGAAGAGGACCACGACCAUGAAGAAGGGGAAGAGGACCACGACCAUGAAGAAGGAGAAGUGGAAGAGGGUGUCACGUUUUCAGUGACAAACUGUCAUUUCCACGACGCAGUCCAAUAUUGCAUCGAUGCUCAAGGCAAUGAGGGCUAUAUCGACCCCGACCCCGUGCCCGAGAACGCACCUUCUACUUACACGGGGUGUCAUUUGCAUGGAAACGCAACUUAUUGCAUGAAUGGACAACAGGAAGUCCAAUUCGUCUUGGGUUCAAAAGAUGCUGAAGCAGGAGAAGGAGAAGGAGAAGAAGAACACGACCAUGAAGAAGAAGAGCACGACCACGACGAGGCGACGUUUUCGGUCACCGAGUGCCACUUCGACGACGAUGUGCAAUACUGUCACGAUCCAGAGGGAAACGAAGGCUACAUCUUACCAGCACCCGCCCAGCUGAACGCGCCAUCAAACUACACCGGCUGUCAUCAACACGAUGGAGAAGAUGUUUAUUGCUUGUACGGAACCCAAGAAGUUCAAUUUAUCCUCGGCGUCAUGUCCGCUAGCACAACCUCCUCGGGGCAAAAUUGCCAUUUCCAUGCCGGGGUGGAACAUUGCGAAGAUGACAGUUCGUUGACCAAUCUCGAUGCCCAAGCGUGCGAGCCAAUUGAUCGCGACUAUAACAUCCCAUUACGGAUCGGGUUGCUUUUCGUCAUUUUGGUGACUUCGUCCAUCGGAUCCUUUGGCCCCACGGUGCUCAAGCAACUAUUCCGGUUGUCACAGCACAACAUUAUCGUUACUAUAAUCAAGCAAUUCGGCACGGGGGUGGUAAUAUCAACGGCAUUUGUCCACUUGAUGACUCACGCAGCGUUGAUCUGGGGCAACUCAUGCUUGCAUCUCACUUAUGAAGCCACUGGACCCGCCAUAACCAUGGCGGGACUAUUCAUUGCAUUUUUGAUCGAGUACAUCGCUUACCGACUCUUGCUGAAGUCGCUCACUUGCAGAAACCAAAUCGCCAACCCCACCGGCAAAGGCAGCGAGUGCGAGGAAGUUGAAGCGUGCCCUUCGCAUGACAAGGUCGACAGCGAGACCCAAGUCGGGGUAACUUCAUCCCACUCGGACCCAGAUUCCAACAACCGCCACCCCAUCAACGACAAAAUCUCGGUGCUCAUUCUCGAAGCAGGCAUAAUCUUCCACUCAAUCUUGAUCGGUAUAACAUUGGUGGUGGCAGCAGACUCCUAUUUCAUCACCUUGUUCAUCGUUAUUGUCUUUCACCAGUUUUUCGAAGGGUUGGCCCUCGGCUCGCGCAUCGCAGAUCUCGACUCGAGCUUACUAGUGAAAUGUUCGAUGGCGUUGGCUUUUGCAUUGAUUACUCCGCUCGGCAUGGGUAUUGGAAUCGGAGUAUUGAACCAAUUCAACGGUAACGACCCAAGUACCAUCAUCGCGUUGGGCACCUUGGACUCCUUCUCCGCGGGGGUCUUGCUCUGGACCGGGUUGAUUGAAAUGUGGGCCCACGAUUGGCUCUGGGGCCAUUUGAGGCACGCGGGAUGGUUGCACACUGGCUUAGCCAUGGCCAGUUUGGUUGCCGGCUUAUUGUUGAUGAGCUUGUUGGGUAACUGGGCUUAA